ACAUACAAAUCCAAACUUGAGAGAAGUCAGCAAACAUUGAUUACAGGAGACUUAUCAUUCAAUAGUACACCACAGAAGAAUUUUACUGCUCCUUUAUCACCAAAUCUCAAUCACAAUGGUUCUAAGUUUGAAAAACUCCAAGAAAAAUACAAUAAAGAAGUUGAAGAAAGAAAAAGGCUGGAGGCAGAACUGAGAAAUAUCCAGGUUAAAAAAAUAAAUCAUUCUCAUCCUCAAAGUACUAAGAGUCACAGAAAGAUUGCUCGGCAUCAGGCUUCUUCAUCAGUGUUCUCGUGGCAACAAGAAAAGACACCAAGCUGUCCUUCAUCCAGCAGUCAAGAAACCCCUUUAAAGAGGGGUUUUACUUCAGCCCAUUUUCCAUGGGAACAAGAAGCACCUCCUAGCCACAGUGGCUUAAGAUCAAAGAAGACAGAUUUCAACAACAGUUUUUCUGACAAUUGUGGUAAUUCUUCUGUCAUCGAGCAGUUAAAAACACAGAGCCAAGAAUUAAGCUCCAGAGUUCAAGAACUGGAACAUCUGCUACAAGAUCAAGAAAAAGAAAAGAAAUUCCAUAUGAACAAACUUCAAGAAAUUCAACUCCAGCUGGAGAAAACAAAACUGGAAUUCACAGAAAAAGAUUCUGUUUUGCACAAAAUUAGAAAUGAAUUGAAUAGAAUGACAGCACAACAUGAUCAAGCUACUGCCCAGUAUGAAAUGGCGGAGCAAAAGAUGAAAGAACUGUCAGAAGAACUAAAUUGUCGAAGACCAAAUGCUGAAAGUGCUCGUCGCUCAUUAGAAUAGAAAGUUAAAAAAAAGGAAAAGGAAUACCAAAAGGCAAUAGCAGUGAAACACCAUUUGGAAAAUGACUCCAGUGAGCUUAAAGAGAAGCUGUGCAGAGCAGAACAGGCUUUACUAGGAAACCAGUCAAAGGAAAAUGAGUUGAGGAGAAACUUGAGAAGGAAAAUGAGAGCUCAGAAUAGUCAUAGAAGCAACAUCGGAGAUUUUUUUUUAAGUUCCUAUAUUGUGCCAAUUGUUGUUGUAUCUGAAUGCUUUCCAGAGUUAAGAAUAAUUAAGGAAAUGAAGAAGGAAAAAAGCCUUCUUUGCUGCCAGUCUGAUAAAAAAUUGCGAAAAAUCCAUCAGCUGGAAGAAGAGCUAAAAACAGCCAAACACUUUCUAAAGGAGACCCAGAAUUAUGCUGAAGAGAUGAAAACAUUUUUAUAUAUUCUGGAUCUUGAAGACAGAAAAAUAGACUUACUAGAAACAAACAUAAUUUUUUCUAAUAGUUUAAACGAAAGAGAAAAAAGCAUUUCUGAGUUGUCCAGAAGACAUAAGGAGGAAAGACUGUCACUCAUUGAAAGAUAUGAAGAAAUUGAAAAAGAACUUGUAGAUCUACAAGGAAAAUACAAAUCAAUGGAAGAAAAAAGUGCCAUCAUAGAAGGCAUUUUAAGACAGCAAAAAAGUCACUUUCAGGAGAGUAAAGCAGAAUCAGAACGACAAGAGAAACAGCAUAGGGAUGAGCGUAAUGAAUUCUCUAAACUAGUGUCUUUAGAGGGAAAAAAUAAAGAUUUGAUUCAGGAACUUGAGAAAGUGCAGUCAGAGUUGCAAUUUAAACAAGCUGAGAUUGCUCAUAUCCAAAAUGUAUCUUCAGCUGAGUUGGAUUGUUUAAGACAGGAAAUGUUAAAUGUCAGGGCAGAACAAAACAUAAUGCAAGAACAACAUAACAUCUUGCUUCAAGAGAAUGAGCAAUUAAGCAAGGUAUUAAAAACAAAGAGUGAAUCUCUAACACGUGACUUAGUUCAUGACAGAGGGCCUACAUCAGAACAGUUGAGUGUGUCCAUGGAAGAAAAGGAGAAUGAGCUGAAUAAAUAUCAGGUUAAACUUGAGCUACUUCAGAUGGAUCUUGAGGACAGAGAAGUGUCUGUAGAAAACUACAGCACACAGGUAAUACAGUUGGAGGCUGCUUUAAAAAGUGUGGAAAGAAAACUUGAGGAAAGUGAAAAGGAAAAAGAGAUGCAGCAAGAAUUACAAACUAUUAAAGAGGAACUGGAAACUCCAGAUCCUAAGCUUAUAGUGGUGGAUGAGAAUGACCAAACAAUGGAGUCUGUUGUUGAUGCUGUUUCCCAGGUCAACUCUAAAAGAGCAAUAGAUGAGCAGUAUUCUUUGGUUCUUCAUGAGCUGACACCAAGCCAAAAUGAUGAUGUCCAAGUCUCCAGACUAAAUGAAUUGGAGAAAAUGUGUGAAAUUUUGCGGAUUGAAAAGUUAGCGUUAACAUCUGAACUUAAUGACUCAAAAACUGAAUGCACCACUACUGAUAAAAUGGCAGAAGAGGUAGAAAAAGUAGUGAGUGAAGUUAAAAUAUUAAAAGAUGAAAAAGCUAUUUUUCCUGAUGUAUUAAUGGAUCAAAGUGUUGAAAAUGAAGUGGGAAUACACUUUGAUAAUGAGCAAAUGUCUUUCAAAUCUCUGGAAUGUAGUGCUGAACCUAACUAUAACUAUGAAGAUUUAAAACUGUCCAACAAAGCAGUUAAAAUACACUUUGAGGUAAGAGAGAAAAUUUUCUCUUUACAAAGAGAGCAUAAAAUCUUACAUGAGCAACACUGUAGUAUGAUCUUCAAAGUGUCUGAGCUACAGUCCUGUAAUGCAACUCUUAAGGCAGAAAAUUCUGCAUUGUCAACAAGUCUGAAUAAAAUUAACACUGAUUCAGUGGAAGUGCAGGUGACUUCUUGCCAAAAAGAUGGAGAAUUUAAAUUAGAGGAAACCAAGUCCACAUUUUCUCCAUCAUGUCUUAAUGAGAUGCCAUAUUUUGCAGAAGCAAAUCUUUUGGAAUUGUCCUUUGAGAGUGAUCUGUGGAAACGGAGAGAAGAAAGUAUUCAGCUGAAUAUUUCUCAAGAAUCUGUUCGAAGAGAUACAACAGAAAUUAGUGUAGUAGAAGAGCCCCAUAAUGAUCAGGCAUUGGACUUCAUUGCGAAGAGAGAGCGUUAUACACAGAAAAUCUAGUCUGGAAGUAAAAUGAAAGAACUUCAGAUAUUAUGUCAGACAUAUGAAAAGUCCAUCAAGAGGUUUGAAGAGCAAUUUCAGUCUCAUGAAAAUAUGAAAAAUGAGAUACAAGAGCUAAAACAAAUUAUUUCUGAAAGGAAAGAAUCGGAUGACCUCAGAAAGCAAAAUGUAUCUGACUAUGAACAGUGGCAACAAAAACUGAGUAAUGUGACCAUGGAGAUGGAAUAUAAGCUGGCGGCAGAGUAGAAACAGAUUGAGCACUUGUCUCUGGAGCUAAAAGUAGCAAGACUCCAGCUACAAGAUCUUGAUUUAAGUUUGCAUUCCCUAUUAUGCACAGAUGUUGAAGAUGUAAGUAAUGAAUUUUGUGUACAUCAUUGUUUUCAUUUGAUUUUUAGUAAAACCAAAACCAGUUCACUUAGGAACAAACCUCACUUGGUGAAGCGCAUACCUGGAAUACAAGAUGACCCCAGGGUUAUGGUCCCUCACUCAGAAAAAAGAGCAUCCAGCUUUCUCAACCUCACACAUUGUGCUGUACAGUUUUUCAAGAAGCUGCUAGUGGAAAAUUACCAGGUAAGAAAUUUCUCAGUCUUCUUUGUAGACUCACUCUUGUCUUUCACUGACUUCUACCAAUUGCAGACUUCUCCUACUGAACAAGAAAAUAAUGGCAUGCAUCAGUUGCAAGUGCAUAGUUUGCCUAAUGAAAACUUGGCACCCAAGCGAGAGAAACCUGAGAUAAAACUAUGUGAACAAAUUACUAUAGAAGAAAACUCUGAAUGUGAAAAUGUAGCUGAGGUCACGGAAGCAAGAUCUGCAGAAGAAUGUCUAGCAAAACUGAUCUCAGAGACUGAAUAUACAAAUAUAUUGGAGAAAAAGAUAGACUGCCACAGUGAAUUGUCAUUUUCCAAUCACAACAUCUCUAUAACGCCUCUGGAUUUCUUGGAAAAUCAAGUAACAAUUGAAACUCUUCAGCUACAGAUAAAGCAGACAUCUAGAGAAAACCUGAAGCUGCUCCAUGGCAUAGAAGAAAACAAUACAAAAGUUGAUGCUCUGCUCAUAGAAAUCAAAGAAUUAAACUCAAGUUUGGAUUUGUAGCAUACAGAACUAACUGCAAAGAUAACUGCUUAUGCAGAACUAGAAAAAACAGUUCUACUACUUAAAAAAGAAAACUCGGACUUAAAUGAGAAACUUGAAUCUGUUUCUUUUGAUAAGCAGCAGAUAUCUUAUAAAGUUAUGAUUCUAGAAAAAGAACUUGACAAGGCAAUGUCUGACCUGGAUGUGUACAAAGUUAGAUUAUCUGAUGUAACAGACAUGCUGGAGGACUUAGAAGUGACCAAAGGAGACUGGCAUGAGAAGUUCCUUGAAACUGAAAACGAAUUGAGGAGGACAAAAUCUGAGAAAGAGAACACUGAGAACCAUGCCCUGUCCCUAGAAGGUGACACAGAGGAACUUCAGAGAAAAAAUUAACAGUUAGAAAAAGGGAGUGAAAAUAAACUGAAAACUAUUUCAACUCCUCAAGAGCAACUUGCUGUAAUCACAACGGAGAGAAACCAACUCAGUCAAGAACUGAGCAUUUUGUCAGAGAACAAAGAGGAGUUGGAUCAACUGUAUCAAAAACUGCAGGAGAAAAUAAAAGAGCUAGAAUCAAACAAAGUGGAUGCUACUGAAUUUAUCGGGAUAUUAGAGGCUGAAGCUAAGAUACAAACCAAACUGCUUCAGACCACAAAAUCUGAUGUAGAUCAGUUAUCAAGCGGAAAAGACUAUCUUGUUCAGCACUUGCAGAAUGUGGAGAAGGAUGCAGAGAUUCUGACAUUAGAAAAAGAAAAGUUUCAAAACCAAAUGCAGGAUCUGGAGGAGGAAAAAAAUUUGAUUCUAAGGGAUUCUGAAAUGUUGCAGACUAAGUUAAGUGAAUCAGAAAUGGAAAAUAAGCUUUCCAAAACUUUGGAAGGCUCAUGAAUUGAAAAAGGCGAACUUGCUGCUAGACUGAACUCAACACAAGAAGAGGUGGAUCAACUGCCAUAUGGAAUUGAGAAGUUGAAAAUAAAAAUAGAAUCGGAUGAGAAGAAAAAGCGCCACACAGUUGAAAAACUGAAAGAGAGUGAACGGAAAGCAGACUUUCUUCUGGACAAAAUUGAGAAGCUUGAAAGAUAAUUGCAGAUGUCAGAAGAAAAUCUAGAAGAUGCAAUUCUUCAGGCAGAGACUGCUAACACAGAGACAGAAACAUUAAAAACUGAGAUGGAAGAGAUGGCUGAAAGGUUGAAAAGUUUAGAAUUAACAGUUAAUGCCUUCAGGUCAGAAAAAGAAGGUUUGAAUAAAGAACUACAGGAAAAGCAAGAAAAGAUAUCUGAAUUAGAAUCUUCUAACUCUAACUCUGUAAGACUGCUGGAAGAAAAGGAGAGAGAAAAUAUGCAAAUUAAAGAAGAGUCUGAAAAUGUCAUGGUAUUGAUAAAAUCUCAGCUGAAAAAUGCAAGUGAGGAAAUAAAGCUUUCUUUCAAUAAGCUAGAAAUUUGUAAGGCAAAAGAACAAGACUUAAUUCAUCAAGUGGGUUGUCCUGAACAUGAUAAAACACAACUAUUACUGGAUCUUCAGGAAGCAAGAAACAUCAGUACCAAACUAGAACAAUCACUAGGCGCACUUGUACAGGAACUUGCAGACUGUAAACAAACCUGAGACGAGAAGAUCAAAGAAAAUGGUGCACUACAAAAGAAUAUUAAAGAUGCAGAGCAGCUCUCUGUACAGCUGUCACAUGCGGAAAGUGAACGUGAAUGCUGGAUGCAGGAAAAAGAAGGGCUGCAGAAUUUGAUAGCUGAAUUGAAGCAGAAGGUUCAACAUCUAUCUAAUAAUGAAAUUUUGAACACUAACCUAGAAAAUCGAAAAGCAUCCCCCAAAGAUCUUGAAAAGGAGCUGGAGUCCACACGGUCUGAAAAAUCUGCUCUUGUUGAAAAGAUAAUUCAGUUUAAGCUAUUGUACAGUCCUCUUUGUAAAAAUAGGGAUAGAAUGUCCUCUGGGCUGACCACUUCCUUGCUACUUCAGGAAAAAAUGAACCAAAUAAGAGGUUUGGAUGGAGUUCAGAAAGAACUGGAGGAAAAAGAGAGCGAAAUGAAAAAAGAAAUAUCCGAAUAUCAGAGCAGACUUCAUCAAGUAGAGAAAAACCAUGAAACUCUUCUGGCAGAAGCAAAGAAAAAGUGCUACAGCAUGUUUUGCAUGAGACGUGCGAGCGUGCGCUUACCCCACUCCUUCGCAUAUAAAGACCCCACCCCACUGGCAGUUACCAUCGAAAAGUUAAAUAGAGAGCGUCAUACAGAUCUCUGCGCGUUCGUCAUUUGGGACCCCAUCCGAACCCACUCCGUCAAAGCUCAAGAGGAAAUGAAGAAGGAAAAAAACCUUCUUUGCUGCCAGUCUGAGCAAAAAAUCACAAAAAAUCCAUCAGCUAGAAGAACUAAAAAUAGCCCAACACUUUCUAAAGGAGACCAGAAUUAUGCUGAAGAGAUGAAAAAUAAGAGUUUGUCUCAGAAAAUAGAACUGGAAGCACAAGAAGCCGAGCUUCAGCAUUUAAAAACCAACAAUAAAUUGCUCCAGGAUUCAGUCCAGGAGCUACAACUUGAAAAUGGAACCCUUAAGAAUAUGAACAAGGCUUUAGAAGAAGAAAAAGUGGACAAGCUGAAGUAUAUAGAUCGACUGAAGAAGCAAAAUAGAUUUGCUCGCAGUGAAACGAAGACAUGGAUGAAAUCCUGUGCUGAUGAGGUUGCCAACUCCCUACAUGAGAAUGAGCCGGAGUAUGAGACAGACGGAUUCCCAGAGGUGGUGAAAAAAGUCAAAUUUGUAAUGACCGACAAACACACAGAGAGACUGCAGGCCAAAGUGAGAAACAUAAAAUUGUAUGGCUCCUCAUUUCAUUGCCUGAAACUGAGAAGCUGGAUAAGUGAUGAGGUUAUUGAUGCAUAUUUGAGCUGUGUGGUCGAGAAAGCAGAUGGAAAGGUACAAGCCAUCUCAUCAGUCGUUUCUACUUUCAUUCUCUCAGACAGAGCUCCACAAAUGAAAGUGAAGAUAGCCUCGAUGGGAAAAAAAAAAAAAAGAAUUGUUAAUAAUUGACCCCUUUUGUGAUGAGAUGAGAUAUGAAAGAACAUGCCUGAGGAAUUGGAGAAACUUCAUCAAACGAUUAACUAGAAAAUCCUCAUCUGAUUGGAACAGUAACAUUGUUCAUCAUCCCAGACAAAGUGAUGGCCACAACUGCGGACCACUCAUCUUAAAGAAAACAUGGAAGACUACUGCAUAUACUGCAACCUUGUCAGCUGUGAAAAGGAAAGUGAGGAUUGCACGAUGGUCCAGUGUGAUUCUUGCAAGAGGUGGGCACAUAUGCCCUGCAUUACAGAAGGAACCAAUCAAGACUACCUGACUGAUGAGAAGAAAGAGUACAACUGCAAAAAAUGUGCAUAGUUCACUUCUUUACCCCCCCAAAAA